AUGUACUUGGUACUAUGGCAUUGGGCUGCCAGUCAAAGUCUAUUGAGAUGUGUGUGUACUGCCUUACUUAUGAGCGGGCUGAAUGGAUUCCUUCGUUUCGCUGGGUUAAGCUUUGCAGGUAAUUGUUACAAUCGGCCUUUCAUUCGGUGUAUGUUUGGACAGAUGAGCAGUCCGACAUUCACAUCACAUACAUCACAUACUCUGCAUAGCUGA